CCGACUAUGUCGACCUUACCAGGUGAUUUGAAAGUACAUAUAAAAAUUUUAGGGGGAUAAUCUAAUGCCAAAAAGUGUAAAGUAAACAAAUGUCUUGAAUCUCGGGGUGGUGAAAAUCCUAAAAGCUAAAAUUUUAAAUUGAAAAAAAUAUGAAAUGGAUAUUACUCCGGAAACCGAUGAAUUGCAACAUACGGCGGAUGGCGGAAAUACCGGAACUGAACGUCGCAUUGACCAGCUUGAAAAACCUACGAACAUCGACAGACCGCACGAGUGUGCAAUCUGCGGUAAAGGAUUCAAGGAACGGUACAUAUUGACACAUCAUCUACGCAUACAUUCCGGCAAAAGGCCCUUCAAAUGUGACGAGUGUAAUAAAACGUUCACCCAGCGGCAUCACCUUCAACGGCAUCAGUUGCUGCAUGGCCAACGGUCUUUCGAAUGCCGAGUGUGUAAGCAGAGUUACUUCACCGGAGAAUACCUUAAAGUUCACGAGCGGAUACACUUUGGUAAGCAGCGAAAUAAGUGCGGUGUGUGCGGGAAACUAUGCGGCUCCAAAUCGGUCCUCCAGGAGCACGCUAAAACUCAUCGCGGCGAGCAGCCUUUCAUGUGUGACAUCUGCGGUAAGAAUUUUGCCACUAUGAGUUAUUUGAAAACCCACAAGCGGCUGCAUACAGGCGAAGAUUUGUUCGAGUGUGAUAAAUGUGGCAAGAAGUUUGCCUUUAAAUGUAAUUUGCGAACGCACCUAGCGGUGCACAUUACCGAACGAUCACACAAAUGCAGCAUCUGUGAUAAACGAUUUACUACCUACAAGGUACUGAAAAUCCAUACUCGCAGUCACACUGGCGACGGAGCGCGCCAAUGCCCUGAAUGUGGCAAGUCGUUUUUGCAGCUGUCGAACUUGAAAACACACUUGAAGACUCACGACCGGUCGUACAGGUGUGGCAAAUGUGAGUUACUGUUCACCGAUCGCGUAUUGCUUAGAGAGCAUCGUGAAACCCAUCGAAAACGAAAGUCAAAAAAUAAGGCUGAAAAGCAGCUUCACAACUGUACUACGUGCGGUGUUGAUUUCGAAGAUUUAGCUUCACUCAAAUUGCACACGAAAGCUUUACAUCCGGUGGUAAAGCAAACUCACGUUUGCGAUGUUUGUGGGAACAAAUUCUCCACUAGCGUCAGUUUGGAGAGUCACAUGUUGGUGCAUAGCGAUAAAAAUCCCAAUAAAUGCGAUAUCUGUGGGGGAACGUUUGGUACGAGUGCCACGUUACAUACUCAUCGGAAAAAGAUUCACGCCAUGAGCCAACCGUAUCAGUGUACACAGUGUGAGCAAAGUUUCGAAAGAAAUUCUGAGUUGCGCCAGCACAAUUUUAGUCACCGCCAGAGAAAGCACGUGGAAUGUGAACUGUGCGGUAAGAAGUACAGCCGUAGCAUUUCGCUGAAAAAUCACUUGAUUGCGGCACAUGCGAAUGGUACUACAAACGAAGGAACUAGGACGGAAUCAUCUCAACCAGAGCUAGUUUUCGGAACUGAUCUUCAAGAUGAAUCGAACACAACUCCGCAACCAGAGGAUCCAGGCAGUGCAAAAGUCACUAAACCACACACGUGCGACACUUGUGGAAAAACGUUCCGUUUGUGGCCCCUAUUAAAGGCCCACCAAAGGUGCCACUCGGAUGUGAAACCCUUCGCAUGCGACAUCUGUGGUAAGGAGUUUCGGCGAAAAGCACUGCUACGAAGGCAUCAGCAGAUGCACACGAAGGAACAGCCGUACACUUGUACGGUUUGUCACAAAUCGGUUAAGGAUAAGGGUUACCUAAAGAGCCACAUGCGGAUCCAUACCGGCGAGCAGUUGCAUAGAUGCGAGUUUUGUAACCGUGGAUUUAAUACGCUGGAAUCACUCAAUGGGCACCGAAGAAGUCGACAUACCGGUGAGCGACCGUUCAAAUGUGACCUUUGCGAAAAAACCUUCGUAAGUAAUGGCCAAAUGAGACAACAUAUGCAUAUACACACGGACGAGAAAAAUCAGAGUUGCGAUAUCUGCAACAAAGCUUUCCGCACUUCACGUCAGCUGAAACUGCACAAAACCAUACACUCGGGUGUGAUGCUUGCUAAUUGCGAGAUCUGUGGUAAAGGGUUUCUGGACAAUCAUCGACUGAAGGUUCACAUGAUGAUCCAUACGGACGGAAAGCUGCCGCAUGGGUGUGACCUGUGCGAGAAAACUUUCUCCAAUACGGGUCAACUGACAAAGCACAGACGCGUGCAUACUGCGGAUAAAAAGCAUCACAAAUGCACCUUUUGCAGCGAAAAAUUCGAGCGCGUUGGAGAACUUCGCGAUCACGAACGUACUCAUUCGACCGAACGGCCAUAUCGAUGCGCUGAUUGUGGCGAGGGUUUUUUCAUGAGACUCCAGUGGAAGCGGCACAUCGUUGUGGUUCACAAGGGAGAGCCGUUGAAACGUUGUGAGCUGUGCUAUCGUGAGUACGCGUGCGAAUCUAGCGUAGAGAGGCAUAAGCUGUCCGCACAUCCGGUUAAUGCUGACGGUGUGCGCAUAGCAGACUGUGUGAUUUGCAGCAAAGGCCCAUUUACGGUAGAAGAGAUGGCCGAGCAUCGCUCAGUGCAUAACAAGGGUGGUGACGAGGAUGGGGCGAAGAAAACUGAUGUCGAGAAAGUAGAGGGGAGAUUAGAUUCCAAAGAUGAAAAUCGAUCUAGUUGAAAAGCCGAAAACUGAUAUAAGCCAUAAACUUUUGUUUAUGAGACUGAAGUUGAAGAAAACUACUCAACUGUGAA